AUGACUGCCGAAUACACGCUUAAUGAAUAUCUGAUCCCCGAGCAACCUUUCUACGCUGCUCAAAACAACGAAAUCGAAUUAUUCGAAGCCGCCUACAAAAACGGUAUUCCGGUGCUGCUAAAAGGCCCUACCGGGUGUGGCAAGACCCGCUUUAUGGAGCAUAUGGCUUGGCGUCUGAAACGACCGCUAAUCACCGUGUCGUGUCACGAUGAUCUGACUGCGGCGGACUUGGUGGGACGCUAUUUGAUUGUGGGUGGCGAGACACGAUGGGCUGAUGGCCCGCUUAGUCGGGCAGUACGUGGUGGCGGUAUAUGUUAUCUGGACGAAAUCGUCGAAGCACGCAAAGAUACUACGGUGGUUAUUCAUCCACUAGCAGAUGACCGUCGGGUAUUGCCAAUUGAGAAGACCGGCGAAUUGUUGCAGGCCACAGGCGAUUUUUGCCUUGCGAUUUCCUACAACCCGGGGUAUCAAAGUGUUUUGAAAGAUCUCAAACAAAGCACUCGACAACGGUUUGUAUCAAUCGAAUUUGAUUACCCAACCGCCACGCUGGAAACCGAUAUCAUCACCUCGGAAUCCGGGCUGGAUCACGAGAUGGCUGCGCGACUGGUAAAGUUCGCCGGCAUGACUCGCAACCUGAAAGGCAGCGGACUGGAAGAAGGCGCCAGCACUCGUCUGCUGGUACAUGCAGGCAAACUCAUGGUAACCGGUGUUGACCCGCGUUCUUCCUGCCGUGGCGCGAUUUCCGAAACCCUGACAGAUGAUCCGGACAUGCUCAAAGCAAUUAAUGAACUCAGCGCUUCUCUUUUCUAA